CUUCAUUCUUCAUCUCUUUGUGUUUAGGUUCGAUUGGUGCAGUGUGCAGUUGCCGGUCGUCGUGGUUCUACGGUUCGUUGCGUUGGAGUUCAACUGAGUCCAGCCUCGUGCAGCACUUGACGUCGGACCACACUUCUGCUUGCAGUAUCAUGUCGAGAAGAUCCGCUCCUGAUAGCCCCUGGCAGAAUGGAAUGCCACCGUUUGGUCUCUGCCAGCAACAGUUCAGUCCAAUGAUGAAUUGUGGCCCCGUGUGGGCACAGCAUAACCUCCCCUUUAUGGGCGGGAGCAUGGCUCCCGACAUGAUGAGGUUUGGAGGCAACGUUUCCUCUCGUUCGAACUUUAGACGCAACUAUGACCAGCCGGACCGCUACAGGCCACGUCAGGGAUUCAACGACCGUUAUGGAAACCGCCAAGGUGCAUACAAUCGUGGAGACCGCAAACGCCCUGGUCCCAGCGACCGUUCUCGAUCUCCCGCCCCGAAAAGAGGUGCACAGGGGCGUGAUGGCAGCCGAAAGGCAGAUCAGGAUCGGCCUAAGAAGGCAGGUGCAUCUGAAGAAGGUCCUGCAGAGGAUGAGGACACCACUGGCACUCAGAAUGAUGACCUCUACGACCCUGCUGAACCUACCACGGAGGACAUUGCAGAUGGGGCAGAAAAGGCUGAAGGGCAAGAGGAGGACGAUUCUGGUGAAGGGGUUGAAGAGGAGGGUGCCAAGGAUGGCGAUGAAGAUGAUCAGGAAGCUGGAGGCUCCGAGUCUAAAGAUGAAAGUGGAGGCACGGAGGCACAUGCAGAUGCUGAAGAAGGAGGUGGAGAAGAUGGUGCACAACCUACAGGCAAACCAACAGCCAAGUCUGGUGCUAAAGUACCUGCCAAACCAGGCGCCAAGGCGUCUGGAUCUAAGGCUUCUGAUCCCAAAUCUCCCACCAAAGGUGCGGAUGGCAAGGGACAAACCGGAGGUCGGGCAGCUGACAAGGCUCGUCAAGAAGGGAUGAGGAAAGGCGGCCAGAAGGAUAAGGGCUGGUGUACAGUUUGUGAGGUGCACUUUGAUGGCAGUUUCCUUGACCAUCGCAGAACUGAGGAACACAAGGUGAAGCGGGAUGAGAAGUAUCCGAAGUGUCACCCCUGCAGUAUGGGCUUCAAUAAUCGCAAACAGUACGAGCAGCACUGCUCUGGUGACUUUCACCGCAAGAAUGUGGAAAUACUUGACAAUGAAGUGGAUGAGACGGCUGGUCCUUUGGGUGAGGAGUACCUUGAGGAAAUCCCUGCUUAUUUUUGCACAUUGUGCAAGCUCUUGCUGAAAAUUGAACUCAAAUCGCAUCAUUGCUGCACCCAGGGUCACUACAGGAGGCACAGGGAUAUCAAGCGCAAAGAAGAAGCGGCUCUUAAAGCUAAACUUGCAAAAGAGAAGGCUGAAGAUGAGGAAGAUGAUACCAACCAGGUGGCCUAUACCAUCACAGAUGAAGUAGGAAGUGAUGACGAAGCCAGGGCAGCCUCUGAUGCCACAGCGAGCAAGGCUAAUCGGAAAGGUGCAGCUGAAGGAACUAAGGGAUCCAAGCAAGAUAAGACUGCCGAGGAGACUCUUGAGGCUUUGCCAGUGAAAGAGGCUUCGGGCACCACAAAGGAGCAGCCUGAAGCUGAGCAGGAUGGGGAGCAGCCAGUAGCUCAGGUCAAAUCAGAGCCAGCAGAGGCAGAGGGUGGACAGGACGCCCUUGAGGAGGAUUGCAAGGAGGAAAAAGAGGCGCUUGAGAACGAGGCUGCUUCUCUCAUGGAUGAGCCCAAGGAGGACAACGUUCCUGAUACAAAUGGUUGCAAAAGCCUGGAGGAAGACAUGGAAGAGCAAAAGCCUGCUGUGGCUGCCGCUGAGAGCAGCGCAGAUCCGCCUGCAACCAACGCAGAUCCUGCUCCCACCAAAGCUGCUGCCCCGAAGGCUCCAGCCGCCAAAGUGCCUGCAAAGAAUGUGCCAGCUUCUAAAGCUGCUGCCACAGCACCCAAGCCUGCGGCAACUGCCACCAGGGCACCUGCUGCCAAGACAGGCACUGCUGCGGGCUCAGCUGCCGCGACCUCUGCUCCUGCAGCGUCUGCUACUGCGGCACCUGCGCCCGCCAAAAAGCCGCCAACUGCGGCAGGGUCAGCAGCAGCAGCAGGAGGAGGCAGGGGCGGCAUGGUGAGGGGUCGCGGCAGGGGGGCACCCAAAGCAGUCCGGGCACGCAAACGCUAAUGCCCCGCUUUCUGUGGCGGUCUCCUGGGUGGCAGGCCAUCCGCUUUUCCCCCCCUGCCAAGCUCUGUUUCUUUCUUUCACUCCCACUGUCUCUUUUUAGGUCCAUAAAGUCAAAAGGUCAUUUGCCAGACACAUCUUGGUUUCUACUGUCAUCAGUUUGCUUUUUGGGUUCCUAUUAAAACUAUCCGAGCCUUGGCCAGCACUUUUUUUGACAACUGUCAGCACUCUGCUUACAUGCAAGUGCCACACUUCAGCAUGCUUGAGAACAGGCUGCAAAAAUGUGUGAAUGAAAGCAGCUGGCAUGCUUUAACUACCGUAUAUUCUUGUGUAAGGGCCCCACAUUUUGCAUUAAUUCUGACCCAAAUUUGUUGCGUAAGGCUCAUGCAUGAGUAAAAUGAAACAGAUUUGUAUCUUUCAGGUUUAACAACCUCGGGAAACCUUCAUUUUAGCUUCAUUUGCUACUUUAUUAGUCAUUGCUUGGACAUAGCCUUAGAGCUGCACCAGCUGGAAUCUAUUUCACUGCAAGCGCGCGGUUACAUGGUAAAACUGUCCUUGUGCAUUGUGCCGCGUGUAAAGUUUCAUGAUGAAGAGAUUAAGGGAGGUGGCAUGUUUCAGUUGAUAAUACCCAAAUGCUUUUGAAGCAGUUAAAGACGGCCGUAGCUGUUUACAAAAAGCUGCAGCAGUUCUGGCUACUGCAGUCUUGCAUGAUUUGCAUUACAUUAGUGCCGUGAGCACGGUUGGUGGCAUGCGCCUUGUGUGCAGUACACGUGUGCCAAGAGCUGGUGUUUAAAAAGCAUCACAUGAGUUCCAACACAAAAUGGGGCCGAAGCACAUAUUUAGUGCAGAGGAGACUGAGCCAUGGAAGAAGUGUUGAGUGGAGCAGGGUCGUCUGAUAUGGGGCGAGUCAUGGUUUAACAGGUAAGCAUGUGCUGUGCUGCGAAAGUGUUAAUAAGUUUAUUUCAAUGCUAUUUCUUUCCGCGCAUUGUCAGUGGUCUAAGUGUUGCUCCCUUUACAUUAUCACCGAUUGGCUGCUCAUGGAUGGCGGGCGAGAAAGGAAUAAAGUCAAGCAAAAGGGAUCCUCCCAUUAUAGCUUAAUUCGCAGUUUACUAACAGACAAUGGCGAUGUGCACUAGUGUGGCAACACAUGCCUGCACAUUAAAAAAAAAAAUAUCUAGCUAAGCACAAAUCAGUUUUAUCAUAAAUUACAGGGACGGUUAUGUGUGUGCUUGAGGCUUGAUAAAUUAUUAUAUUUUAAAACAUGGGAAGGUAAUGUCUCCUGUGUUGGAACAACUUGAAUAUCAAGAAGUGGGGCGUCUCAGCCUCCCCCCCCCCCCCCCCCCUGCAUAGUCGGCUGUUAAGACCUGAAGCACCUGAAGGUUCUCGGGGCCUGCAGGCUGUCUACUGGGUGUCCCAGCUAUGAUGCACCAAAUUUUCAAGAGAGUAUUAAAUCUUGUUAAGAACCUGCCAGUAAGCUUUUAGUCAGUGACAUGCCAAUAUUUAUUUGAAAUUAUCUAACUUUUAAAUGGUUCUUAUUGUCAAGAUAUCAAUUGGGUGGUUUUAGAGAACUGUAAGACAUGUCAAAAUGAGAUGUGUCCAGAAAGGUACAUGUUGCGUGUUAACUUUUUCAGGCAAAUGGGGAAAGCCUGUGAAAUAUGAAACAUGCCAUACAACCUGCGCACACAAAAUAACAGUGCUGUCAAGCAGUGGUCGUGGGAAAGCAAGCUGUUCAUCUCAGGCUCGCCUUUCAGGGCGGUGCAUUUUUUUUUACCUUGAUGUGCAAUAUAAUUGCCAGAGCUGUUCGUGCAUUGUGGGAAGAACAUGCACGUUAUCGCCGCUGUUUGGCCCAGUAACAGAUCAACAGCUUGCUUUCCCACUGAGACUUUGAUGGCGCUGCCACCCUAGUGAACGGUUGUGCAGUCGUGUAUAUGUUGUGGGGCUGUUUUGUUUGCCAGAAAAAGGAAGUGCGCAAUGUGUACCUUGCUGGACACGCCUUAUUUUCACGUGUCGUUCUACUCUAGCGGCUGCUGCGUAUAGCGCGGCCAUACUGGCUCCAUCUUGAAAGCAAUCGGCAAUGAGUACAGAGUCUAGAUGCGCCGAUGAUUCUUAGCUUUAUGCGCACUGUGUUCUCGCCGCCUAAUUUGCAUUGAAGCGAGAGGCAGCACGAAGGUGAUUUCGCUCGCUGCUGCCGCCUCUACCAUACACCAGUGUAUCGACAGAGAAUGCCCGCGCUCAGAGUGAAAUGUGUUUGCCUGUGCGUGCAUGACACCAUGCUUGUUCAUUUAGUUAUAAGCAAGUGUUUGAGUUUAUACGGGAUAAAGCUACUGUCCUUGCUAUGUAUAUCUGUCUAUCGCAAUCUAUGCUUUGCCUUUCGGGCGAAACUGCGACCUUUUUCUUACCAAUAUCAUCCAGAUGAUUGUCUAUAGCCAACAUGCCAACGUAGAAAAAAUAACCUGCACCAAUAAUCAAUCGCAAAACUUGAUAACCUACCCUGUAGCAAAACUUGAAAACAUUAUUUGCAGCACAAAACUCGAAGGACCACUCAGCAGUGUUCAAUUGAACAUUAACGCUUUCACUUUCACAACUCGUAAGUGCUUAGGUGUCCUUGGAAUUUUUUAAUUGAAUGUUUAGGUCCAAAUUUUAGGGAUGGCUAUCUUGCACAAGAAUAUACGGUAUAGUACAUGGCAGCAGAGUGGUAAUGGAUUCAAGACAAUAUUUAUUUUUGUUAUGUUUCAACCUUGCAAGCUGUUGUGCUCUGUUGGUAAAUAUUCUGUUUCAGUAUACCUGGCACAGCUGGCCUGCGUGGACCUGCAUGCAUGGUCUGUUAUCAAUUGCCUGUUCUGUCAUGUGUAGUGGAAUUGUCAAAAGUUGAUUUUUAAUGGAUUGAUAUGGAUGGUUUUGAUUUAGACUCGAAUGAACAUGGGGUUGAAUAUGCCUGGCCAACUGCAUGCUUGCACUGUGCACCUUGAGCUGACCAUACAGUAGUUUAAUUGGCAGUCUGUUCAGGCAGACGUCUUUUUUUUUUUGUCCCCUCUUCUGCUCUUUUCAACAUAUGCGUUGGGGACGAUUUCAUAUCAACAUUUAUACAAUUGCCACGCAGUCAUUACCAAGAUAGCUUGUCAAAUAUUCUUCCAUGUGACAUUUUCAUUUAAUACGCUUUCUAGCAUUAUUGACCAUACCGCAACUUUUUAGUUGAGAUUGGGCUUCAAUGACUGCAGUUUAUCCAUGCACAGUGGUGUCACUAGCCCUCAUUGUGUCCCAUUGUGUGAAAAGCACUGUCGCUUUGACAAGCGCGGUUGCAGGUUUCUUGUAAAUAUCACCCACUGAGAACAUAACAUUUGCUUAUUGUAGAAAGCUGCUACUCUUUUUUUUUUUUGCUUUUGGUUAUUGAGCCAAAUAAAGUUUGCUGUAAUGGUCAUGUCA